AUCAUAGAAUUAGAUCGAUAACACGGAGGCCAUGUUGGAUUUUCAGGUUAGAUAAAAUUAUAUAUGUUCUUUUUAAAGAGAUGAUUAUUUGUCAAUUAUUAAAAAGUAUUGUUACAAAUGAAGCUUCAGCAAAUUCAGAAUUUGAUGUCAUAAAUUAAUCACUGAAACUGGUAGAUACAGAUAUAUACAUUGUAUCUGUACAUCUUAGACUGAUUUCGCAAUAUCAAAAUAUUGGAAUGAUUCAGUUUUAUUCAUAUUGCAUUUUUUCGCAUGAAUAUAUCCAAAAUGAUACAUAUAGUACACAACCUUGAAUACGAUGUAUACAGAAUAAUAAUAAUAAUAAUGAUAAUAAUAAUAACAAUAAUAAUAAUGAUGAUAAUAAUAAUAAUGAUAAUGAUAAUAAUAAGGCCUUUAUUUAUCAAUAAUUUCAUAUUAGGUAUUUAGCGAUAACACUCGUUUUCAAUAUGGUACAAUAAUACUGCACUCUUUGUUUUGUUAUUUUACUUACCUGUACUUGUAUCUAUCCGACAAAACACAUUCAAUACACAAAUUUGACUAACAUGAUACACACGGUACAUGAACUUGACUACGAUGUAUACUACAGCUCUACUAUACAGUACUACGGUACUGUUUGUUUAGCCUACAUCUGCACGUUACUUACUGUACGAGUUUCGCAAAUGCAUAAAAAGUAAAAGCAGAGAAUGGUACAAAACUCAUUGAAGUUUGUAUACUUCAUUUUUUUUUUCAAGAAAACAAAACAACGUUAGCUUAAUUGACCAAUACGCCACAAAAUCCAGCCAUACCACCUCUGUCGACAACACAUACCCACCUUCUGUCGACAACACAUAACUACCUUAUGUUGACAACACAUACACACCCUCUGUUGACAACACAUAACUACCCUAUGUUGAUAACACAUACACAUCCUCUGUCGAUAACACAUAACUACUCUAUGUCCAGUAGUUCAUCAACCGUAAGCAAAUGUCCAUCAACAAUUUUCGCUUCCCGGGGAAAUUUCAGUUUUCGGCGUCAAAUCCAGCACACAUUUUCAGAGGGCAACAAAAUCAAUGAUUCACUUAUAGAGGGCCGAAUAUUUCUUCGUGCCCCCAAAAAAAAUCGAUUUCAAAACCAACAAAAUUUGGCAUUUAGGCAAAACGCCAAUUAGAGUUUCAGUUUUAAAGAAAUACCUAGAUCAAUAUCCAAAUAGAGCAGUGACAAACAAAUUAUAUUUAGGAUUUACCCAGGGAUGUCAGUUACAUUAUUUGGGGCCUAGGUUACAUAUACAAUCGGACAGCUUGAUAUCAGUAUAUGAACACCACCGGAAGGUUAAAGAAAAACUUUGUAAGGAAAUCGAGUUGGGCAGGAUUGGCGGUCCAUACAAAGAGUUGCCCAUUUCCAAUCUUCGUAUUUCGCCAAUAGGGGUGGUAUCAAAGGGGGGUAAUUCAGGAUGGUGGCUCAUAACUCAUUUAUCCUUCCCUGACCACUGCAGCGUUAAUGCAUUCAUAGACCCCAAUGUGACUUCAGUCCAAUAUACUUUAUUUGAUGAAGUAGUCCAAAUGAUAGCUCGCUUUGGUAAGGGAGCAUUUAUUGCUAAAUGUGACAUAAAAUCAGCAUUUAGACUUUUACCCAUAUAUCCUGGGAAUUUUGAUUUUUUGGGUUACAAAUUUGACAAUAACUAUUACAUUGAUCAAAGUCUGCCCAUGGAAUGUUCUACAUCUUAGAAUACGCUCACAUUGUAAUUCUGGUGCUGUGGGUGAUGAAAUGCAUUUUCUAUUGUGUUAUGAUAAGUACUAGAAAUCUUAUAGUUUAUAAAUGAAGAUAUUGUUUUAUUUUCAGUUGUCUAUAAGACUUGGACCAAUUUAUAUGGCUAAUGAAUAAUGAAAACCCAAGAAUUCUUCUGUCUGUUCCAAAUUCAUAAACUUAUAUUGUGACUAGUUCAUGUAUGGAGAGUCAACAUAUUUCGUACAGUAAACUCCUCGUGCGAUCCCUUCAUCAGACAUGCAUCCCCGGCGCAGUGCCCAGAAAGUCCUACUGUGUGACCUCUGUAAAACUGUCCCCCUACAGAGUCAUUGUGAACUUUGUAACAUAAAUCUUUGUGUUAACUGCAUGGGGAAACACAUCUCGGAUUUGUCUAAACGACACAAUGUCGUGCAUUAUUUUUACAGAAAAUCUACUCCUAACUACCCUAAAUGUCCGAAACACGCCGAAAAACACUGCGAAGUUCACUGUGAGAAGUGUGUCAUUCCUGUCUGUUCACUCUGCGUCUCCUCAGGUCAACAUGAAGGUCACAAGAAAUCAGAUAUUCUGGAAAACCUCAGUGUUAAAACACAAGUUUUACAAAAGGAUUUGGAAGAAUUAGAGACCAGAAUUUAUCCACGAUAUUUAGAAAGUUUGUCCGAUGUCCAAACUGAGAAAGCGGAGGUAAAAACGAAUUACGGGAAACUGACAACAGCUGUCGAUCAAGAAGGAGAAGUCUGGCACCGAGAGAUCACUGCCAUUGUCAACCAAAGGAAAUCUUACAUUGAGGAGAUGAAAAAUAAACACCUAUCUACCUUGAAUAAAAAUACAAAAGAGAUCACCCAAAAUAUUACUGAACUCAAGCAGAUCAUUUCCGACUUAAAAUCAUUACUAAACUCAUAUGAUUUUUCCUUAACCUCUAGAUACAAAUCUAGGAAUUCCGAGUUUAGAACUUUACCAGCUAAAAUCGGAGUUACAUUACCGAUUUUUUCUCCUCUGAAAAUAAACAAAGAUCAACUGAAUGAAAUGUUUGGUUCUCUGUCAUCAUUAUCCAUUAACACGGAAAAUAGUGACACAAUGAAGUCGCCAGAAGGUGCAUCGUCUCCUCCAGUUAAAACACUGCUUGAUGAACCCCUACUGACCGCCACCAUAAAACUUGAAUAUGAAGACAAAAUGUACAGUGUUAGCUGUCUGAGUGAAGAAGAAGUGUGGACAUGUGAUAAUAACAAAAUGAAGCUCCUCAACCUCCAAAAUAAACUACUGAUAUCAGUGCAAACCAAGUCAGGGAACGCACCAACAGACAUAGCAGUGACACGGGACGGAAAUCUUGUUUAUACUGACACUGAUAAUAAAACUGUGAACCUAGUGAAGAAUAAACAGAUACAGACCGUGAUCAGACUACAGGGGUGGGUACCUCAAUUUGUCUGCAGUGCUUUAUCUGAUAACCUCCUGGUUAUCAUGGACAGUGAUGAUAGAGAACAAUCCAAAGUUGUCCGUUACUCUGGCUCCACAGAGACACAAACCAUUCAGUUUGAUGAUUAUUGUCGUCCUCUCUAUUCGUCUGCUGGUUACAUCAGUGAGAACAGGAACCUGGAUAUCUGUGUGGCAGACCGUGGAGCUAAUGCAGUAGUGGUGGUCAAUCAGUCAGGAAAACUCCGAUUUAGAUACGCUGGCCAUCCCUUAAGCACUCAUGAACCAUUUAAACCAGUCGGCAUUACUACAGACAGCCAGAGUCACAUCCUGACAGCAGACCAUUUCCAUCACUUUAUCCACAUCCUAGAUCAAGACGGACAGUUCCUUCGUUACAUUCGGUGUACUUAUCCAUGGAGUUUAUGUGUGGACAUUAGAGACAACCUCUUUGUGGUUAAGUAUGUUAGUCAUGCAGUAGAUAAAAUCCAAUAUCUAUCAACACAGUGUUAAUUACAAAUCUCAAGACAGUGUUUAUUACAAAUCUAAACACAGUGUUAAUUACAUAUCUAAACAGUGUCAUAUCUACAGCAGUGUGCUAAUUACAACUGCAUGUUAAUUACAGUCGCAUGUUAAUUACAGCCCUGUGUUUGUGGUCUGUAACUACCAUGUACUGGUAUGUCUUUGAUAUGUGUACUUGUAUACCUAGUGAAAUAUACUUAGUGUUAUUUACUGAUUUGACUGUGUUACUAGUUACAGACCCUGAAGCGUACUACUACACCACUUGCACGGAACGGUAUGAAACGAUUCUUGCACGGAACGGUGAACGGUUUGCACAAAACGCUGAACAGUCUGCACGGAACGGUGAACGGUUUGCACGAAACGCUUUGCACGAAACGCUGACCACUUUGUAGGCGUGGCUUGCACGCUUUGUGAGCGGUCUGCACAAAACGAUAAGCGUGGCCUGCACGCUAUUAUUUUUUCGGUAAUAUUUAGUUCAAAUAGUUUCAAUAUAAUUGCAGUAUUCUAGAUAUUAAAAGAAGGUUGAGAAAGAAGUGAUAAUGAUUCAUUUUAAAAUGAUUGCUCAUGUACGACGCGGUAAAUUUCAUUUAAUGACUGAUGAACACGUUGGAAUGACAACAAAUGAUUUUUUUUUUUCAAUUUUGGAAAUAAAAGAAAAUUAUGCAAAAAUCAUACCGUCAUGGAAUAUUGAUUAAUCAAAUUUUAUUGAUUCAUUGCUCUAUUAAAUUCUUUGAAACUGAAUAUGAAAUGGUCGCGUCUGUUUCGCUAUUUUUGUACAUUCAUUCUGAGUGUCGUUAAAAUAAAUUUGCAAUUUGUAUAUUCCAGGCCUCUUCCCAAAGACAGAUGUUGAAUGAACCUAUACAUUUUAUAUACAUGUGUACGUGUAUGAAAACAGAUAAAAUGAUUUAGAGAAACUUCCCGUCAGAAAAGAUUGAAACAUUUUUGGGCGGAAAGAGGGUUGUGAACGGUCUGCACGAAACGAUGCACACUUUGAUUUUUUUCGGCAUUAUUUGUUUUAUCCUGGGGUUAUUUUAAACAAGGAAUAGUUUAAUGACUUACCAACACGUUGGAAUAAAAGGAAAUGAAUAUUUUUUUAACUUCGGAAAUAUAGGGAAAAAGAUGCAAAAAUUGUAUCGUCAUGUAAUAUUCAUAAUUCAACUUUAUUUAUUCAUUGAUCUAUUAAAUUGAUUGAAAAAGUCGCGUUUAUAUCGCUAUUUUUUUAAUUCAAUCUGAGUGCCGUUAAAACACGUGUGCAAAUUGUAUAUUCCAGGCCUCUUCUCAUAGACAAAUCUUGAAUAAACCUAUACAUUUUUACAUACGUGUAUGACAACAGAUAAAUUGAUUUUAAAAAUUAUCCUAAGACUGGAACAUAUUCUCGGGCAGGAGAGCAUCUAGACAUAGAAUUAGCCGGUCGAUAACAACCUGUCAUCUUGGAUAAGAAGGGAAGAUAAAAACCAAAAAGGAACAAUCAAAAUAUGACUGAAAUAGAUUGAGAAAUAAAUCAUAUGAAUGAAUAGAUAAAACAAAUAAUGCGAUAUGCGAACGGAUCUAACAUCCAAUUUCAAUUAGAUUGUUGCAUUUGCCUCAAUUUUAAACCUAUAGACUAAACUGCAUUCAUUUUUGAGAGACAAAAGAUAUAAACACCUCUUUGUCAUAUUUCAAUUGCCUUGCCGAUUUUCACACCUUCUGUACGAAUGUUAAUUUCAAAUACCCGGAUUAGCUGACCUCUAUUGUGGUAAAAAGGGGGGACCUUGGAACAAGACAAAUAAAUUAUUCCUAUAUACAAAACUAAAAAUUAAAAAAAAUAACGAGGGCAGAGAUAUUACUUGUCUCUGCACUUGCUAGAAACUACCAAGGGUGAGAAAGUAGUAUCGGAUUUUCUUAUAGACAUUUCGAAAUAAUUGGUCAAAUUCCCACCAAUGUUUACCUGUCCUACAUCCCAUGCCGAAAUGACUUGUACGGUUUGUACGUUUCUAAGGGCGUGGUUUGAACGAUCUGCACGUUUCUAUGGGCGUGGCUUGAUCAGGCACGGAACGAUUCUUGCACGAAACGAUUUGCACGGAACGGUGAACGGUCUGGACGAAACGCUGAACAGUUUGCACGGAACGGUGAACGGUUUGCACGACACACUGAACAGUCUGCACGGAACGGUGAACGGUUUGCACGGAACGAAACGCUUUGGAGAUGUAGUAGCACGCUUCAGGGUCUGUAUUCAUCAAUCUUGAUACAAUCUUUUACAUGUGAAUCUCUGAACAGAAUGUAAAAUCUGUUAUUGUGAAGUACUUUAGAAUUUCACUUUGUCAGUAUUUUGUGGAAUUAUAGUACAUGCACUUGUAAGUACUUGCAUGUACUCAUAGACUGUGGAAUGAUUUUAAUUCUUGGGGGCCAAAGUUCGUGGGUAAAAAAAAUUGUGCUGGUUCGUGGUGACGUAAUUUCGUGGAUAAGCGGUACAAUGUCAUCAGGAAAGAUAGCUCUACUUGGUUUAAUAAAAUGUUUGAGGACACGUAAAUUCGUGGGUAAGAGUUAUCCACGAUAUCUACGAACAUUAAUCACCAACGAACAAAGAUGAUUCCACAGUACUUGAUUUUGUGUGAUAAAUGACAGAUUAAACAUCAAUCCUUUAACAUGUGUUUUAUGUUUCAAUGUAUAUGUAUUAUAGAUAAACAUAAUUUAAAGUA